CAGUUUUAUAACGCACUCUCUUUCCCUUUAUCAGUUCUGCUUCUUUCUGAUACAAACUAUCCCAGAUACCUCUCUGUCUCUCUCUCUCUCUCUUUUAUACUCGCCGGACUCCGGAUAUAUGUUCGACGGGAAAAUUUCCCGGCAAGUUCUCCGGUGACCCGAAAUCAGAGAUCCGCCCUAUGUUUAAUUAUUUCAGGUAAUAAUUCUGUUCGUAUUGCGGGAAACCAAUUGGAAAAAUUUGCCGACAAAUCUUGGUAAUUGGGUCACACCGCUUGGACUCUGUUGUAUCUUUGUUUGCGAUUCUUUUCUCUAUAAUUCCGGCAUGAUUUCUCAAAAUCCGAAUUUUCUGCUCUUUCUUUGGUAAUUGGAUAAAGAAGUGUUGUUUUUUAUUAUAGAAAAAGAAUAAUUUGCCUGAGGAAUUGUGUAGGGAUAGUGGGAGUGUGAAAUGGAGGUACAUAAUGCUGUUUUGUUGAAUUAAUGGAAAAGAUAAAUAGAUGGAGAGUGAUUGUCUUCAAAGAUCGCAAUUUGUUUUCAGGUUAUUGGGAGAAUAAUCAAGAACUCUGGUAUAAGUGCAAUUGUUUGAUAAUUUAUUAGGAUUGUUUUUCAUUUGGGGAAUUUGCCUGAGUUUUCUUUGGGUGAUAGCAAAGAUUGGUUAAUAAUACAAAGAAACAACUUAUUUAGAUUACAAAAUCGAUGGAGGAAGAAGAAGUAAUGGGCCAUUCAAUUAUAAAUACAAGGGGAGGAGUAAAUGAUGGUCGUUUACGAUUAGGAUCAAGUGAUGCACUCCUCCCUGGUCUUAUUGAUGAUGUUGCAUUAAAUUGUCUAGCUUGGGCUUGUAGAUCGGAUUAUGCUUCAUUAUCUUGUAUAAACAAGAGGUUUCAUGGGCUAAUUGGAAGUGGAUAUUUGUAUGGGCUAAGGAAGCAAUUGGGAAUUGUAGAGCACUGGGUGUAUCUAGUUUGUGAUCCGAGGGGAUGGGAAGCAUUUGAUCCCAUGAGAAAGAAAUGGAUGGCUUUGCCCAAGAUACCUUGCGAUGAGUGUUUCAAUCAUGCAGAUAAGGAGUCAUUGGCUGUGGGUAGUGAAUUGCUGGUUUUUGGGCGUGAGCUCUUUGAUUUUGCUAUAUGGAAAUAUAGUUUGAUUCGUCGCGGUUGGGUAAAGUGUGAAGGGAUGAAUCGCCCCCGUUGUUUGUUUGGAUCAGGUAGUUUUGGUUCUAUUGCUGUUGUUGCAGGAGGGAGUGAUAAGAAUGGGAAUGUUUUGAAUUCAGCAGAGUUAUAUGAUUCUUCAACAGGCAAAUGGGAAAUGCUACCGAACAUGCAUUCGCCACGUAGAUUGUGCUCUGGUUUUUUUAUGGAUGGCAAGUUCUACGUGAUUGGUGGGAUGUCAAGUCCCACUGUUUCAUUGACUUGUGGUGAGGAGUAUGAUUUUGAGACAAGGAAGUGGAGGACAAUAGAAGGAAUGUAUCCAAAUGUUAAUCGGGCUGCUCAAGCUCCUCCGCUUGUUGCAGUCGUGGAUAACCAGCUAUAUGCUGUUGAGUAUUUAACUAACAUGGUGAAAAAGUAUGACAAGGUGAAAAACACCUGGGAUGUGUUGGGGAGGCUUCCUGUGAGGGCUGAUUCUUCAAAUGGUUGGGGCUUGGCUUUCAAGGCUUGUGGAAAGGAGCUUCUGGUUGUGGGUGGGCAGAGAGGCCCAGAAGGUGAAGCUGUUGUUCUUAACUCUUGGUGUCCAAAAUCUGGAGUCAAUAAUGGUAUUUUGGACUGGAAGGUUCUUGGUGUGAAGGAGCAUGUUGGUGUGUUUGUUUACAAUUGUGCAGUUAUGGGUUGUUGAGGAUUCUUUUAGAUUGACUCAACCGAGAGUGAAGGUUACAGCAAUCUGACUUGCUUUUAAGGUGCUGCCCAAACGUUUAUUUGAUUGACUAGAAUUAAUUUGUCACUGAGAUAGCACUUCUCAAUAUGAUAAUUUGGUUUCCUUUUCUUAACACCCUUGUAUUUAAAUUUGAGUGUUUCACUUCAAGAUUCUGCAUUUUAUUUGCUUUCAAGAGUACGGAGUAAGGUUACUUGGGAAAAUACUCUGUUCUCUCUUUCUCUUUUCUUUCCCUACUGUUAAGUUACAUUUCUGAUCACAGCUAAUAAAUUGAGAAAACCAUUAUUGUUUCA